GUUUUAUAAUAAAGAUGGCUGCGGCCAUGUCGCCCUUGUUUACGGUGAAGUGUUUCAUUCAAUUUUUAAAUAAAGAUAAUAUUUUAUUGCAGCGGAAACUCUUCUCUACAGCCAGGGACACUUUCAAGGACUAUACUGUUCUGACAGCCAAAAGCAUACCACAGCCUGCUGUAGACCAUCGGUCAAUAAAGUAUUCAAGCUUCAGUGGACCAUUGGAACAUUAUGAGGACCUAAUCAGGACAGGAGAACUGAAAGAUGACCAGCAGCAGAGAAUUGUUUUGCAGCAUCUAGAGAAGCUGCAAAAAACCCUAAAGGGCUAUAGUACCAGCCCGGCAAGUUUUCUAUCAAAGCUUUUUACCAAACCCAAACCCCCUAAAGGCAUCUAUGUCCAUGGUGAUGUUGGUACAGGGAAGACUAUGGUAAUGGACAUGUUUUAUUCACAUGUAGAAGUUGAAAAGAAAAAGAGGGUCCAUUUUCAUGGUUUUAUGUUGGAGGUACAUAAACGAAUCCAUCGUCUUAAACAGAGCCUGCCUAAACGGAAACCAGGAUUAAUGUCCAAAUCCUAUGAUCCUUUUGCACCAGUAGCUGCAGAAAUCAGUGAAGAAACCUGCUUGUUAUGCUUUGAUGAGUUUCAGGUCACUGACAUCGCGGAUGCCAUGAUUUUAAAACGGCUCUUUGAAAACCUGUUUCUAAAUGGAGUGGUUGUUGUGGCAACAUCCAAUAGGCCACCAGAAGACCUCUAUAAAAACGGGCUUCAGAGGGCUAACUUUGUGCCAUUCAUUACAGUACUGAAGGAAUACUGCACAACCCUUCAGUUGGACUCUGGGAUAGACUACAGAAAAAGAAGUUUGCCUGCUGCUGGAAAACACUACUACCUCACAAGUGAAGCUGAUGUGGAGGCCGUCAUGGAUAAGCAGUUUGAUGAGCUGGCUCAAAAACAAAAUGAUAUAACUCGACCAAAGAUUUUGAAAGUGCAAGGCAGAGAACUGAGAUUGAACAAGACUUGUGGGACCAUAGCGGACUGCACAUUUGAAGAGCUGUGCGACCGGCCUUUGGGUGCCAGUGACUACUUGAAGAUGUCCACAAUUUUUGAUACAGUGUUUAUCCGCAAUAUACCCCUUCUGAAUUUGACAAAAAAGACCCAGGCCAGGCGCUUCAUCACCCUCAUCGACACCUUUUAUGACAACAAAGUGCGAGUCGUCUGUCUUGCGAAUGGACCUUUGGAUAGAAUAUUUGUUCAUGAUCUCCAUAGAAGUGACGAGGAAUCUCACAGAAUACUUAUGGAUGACCUCGGACUGUGCCAUGAUUCCGCUAGCAAACUUUCCAUUUUUACUGGGGAAGAAGAAAUCUUUGCAUUUCAGCGUACAGUGUCCCGCCUCACUGAAAUGCAGACAGAGCAGUACUGGAAUGAUGGGGACAGGAGCAAGAAAUAACCAGACACCGAGGAUCAAUGGCUUAUUGGAACUUACAAGCAUUGGGGAAACAAAAUUGUUGUGAUUUUAGACAAUGCAAUAUAUUUAUUUUACUUGAUGUCCUCAUUGCAUUUUAGCCAUUGCAGCAUUGAUCUUCCAGGUGUUGAUUGUAUUUUAUAUUUUAAAUACAAAAAUGUUAUGCAAUUGUAUUGUUCUACAAUUAAAUAUUUCUGGAACAUUUGGGGAGGAAUUGCAUUUGAUUUGACAGGUACUGUUAAUGUAUGUUAGAAAAUGCACAACAGGUUUGUUCAUCAGUAUGGUCCUCAAAUCCAGUAAGUUGCUAUUUAAAAAAGAAAACAAAAACAAGCAAAAUAAAAAACUCUGGAUGUGUUUUAAAUGUUAUUUAAAGUUUGGUGCCACACAUUGUACUGGCCACAAGUGAUCAAGAAAAUGAAUCUGGCAGUGUAAUGAUGUGCCUGUCUGUCCAUCUCUAUUUUUGUGAUUAAUUUAAAAUUGUACAUAUUAUUUGAGAUGGAGUCCAGCGCACCCUACUUCAGUUAAUUUUGCUCCAUGAUUGAGAACUUUUUCUAUAUCAAACUCAGUUGUAGCGGAAACUAUUGUCUGUGUGUCACUAAUUUUGUAUCUGCUGUGUCUGGUUACUAACAUAUACUUGUUUUUAAAAGCCAUAUACAAACCUCACAGUUUCAGUAAAGCAGGUUAGCUCUGCAUGUCUUAAGCCCAUGAAACGCAAGGCAACUUUCAGGCAACUACAUCUGGGAAUUAUUGAAGCAGCUAGUACUCUAGGUGGCAUUUUCAAACACUUUUCACCAAGAUGUCCAUAUGAGAACUGCUUGAGAAAGUUACCUUUACUGGUUGUCUCACAAGCUGCCAAAAGAAGUUGGCUGAAAAUCAUUAAGUGCUCCAUUGGACCUUUUACAUAAAUAAUUUAUACCAUCUACAUUUUCUGAAUUCAAACCUCCUUUUACAUGUUCCUUUAUUCUCUACUGUUAUUUCUGCAUUAUUCACCCUGAUACAAAAUGCCAGCACAAUCCACCAGUUUUAAAAGCUGUAUUAAAAAGAAAGAAAGAAAUUACCCAAGGGUAAGGAUAGCAGUGAAAUGGUACUUAAGCUAGUGAAGGGCAGGGAAAUGGAUUUGAUGUCAGGUACUGUCUUUACCAAGUACUCUUUGUUUGUCUGUAGAUAUUUCAACUCAUUAGGUAACUGCUGCCCUCUAGUGAAGGCAUUUAGGAUUUAAAAGAAAGGCAGAUAAAGGGUCUAGCAAUAUUAUGUGCUAAACAUCUAAUAAAAGUGCAAAUUACUGAUGAUAUUUAACAGUACAAUGUUUUUGUUGAGAAUAGUCGAAAGAAGUCUUAACACGAUACACAAAUUAAAAUAACAGUUAAAAACAUCUAUAUUGGUAUGUGACCUAAUUUCCAAUGAAGUAUCAGGCUUCCUAGCACAGCAGCCUAGUACAGUGCUCCCCCUUUAUAAUGUUGUAGUCAGCAGCCAUAGUUAAGAGACCGUGCUGUGCUGAGACUAGUCUUAGUGUAAUGGUAUUAUAGGGCAAAUGGGAGCCAUAAGAAAGUUUACAAACAAUCUUGCUUGUUUGGUUGUUAGUAGCUCAUUGAUC